AUGGCUACCGCAGGGAUCGAACGUCGUGUGGAGAUCAAAAUUGCUUCGUCCUCAGAGGACUUCAUGUGUGGUUGGCUUUACUCGUCUCAGAAAUUCACCGUAUCAAACCUCGGGCCAGCCAUUGUCUUAGCCCACGGCCUGGGUGGAACGAAAGAACUAAAGCUCGAUGUUUAUGCCGACAGUUUCAAUCAGAUGGGAUACACAUGUGUCGUCUUCGACUACCGUUGCACCGGUGGAUCUGAGGGUCUGCCAAGAGGUCUGAUUGACUGGCAUCAGCAGCAAGAGGACUGGAAAUCUGCCAUCAAAUACACGCGUCAGCUGGAGAACGUCGAUCCGAACCAAGUCGGCCUUUUUGGAACAUCUUUCAGCGGGGGACAUGUCAUUCAGCUGGCCGCUACUGAUAGGAAACUCAACGCAGCCAUCUCUCAAUGUCCGUUUACUUCUGGCUGGCAGAGUACUCUUUGUACAGGGAGUGCUGCCACCCCGAGGCUUGCAGGGAUUGGUCUACUGGACAUACUCUUUGGCUCGGAAAGGAAGCCAAUAACUGUACCGCUGACCGGGAGGCCAGGUGAGGCCGCUCUGAUGAAUGCCCCAGACAUGCUCAGCACCUUUCCGUUACUUAUCCCUAAAGGUCAUCCGUUUCAGGAAAGAGUCCCUGCUCGCCUGACUUUGAAGCUGCCUCUCCUGAGAUCUGGCUCUUAUGCAUCUAGGGUUGAAUGUCCGAUUUUGUUUGGUAUAUGUGGUAAAGACUCAGUUGCACCCGCAGACACAACGUUGGCAUAUGCGAAAACUGCGCCUAAAGGAGUGAUCAAGUGGUAUGACUUAUGGGAUUGUUGGGGAUCUAUUAUGCUUGGGAAUUUGGAGUUCCUGAUGACGGUGCUGGUCUCCUAG